UUGUUUUUCCCUUGUAAACAAACAUGAAGAAAACAUGUUUGUAGAUACAAAGUUAAAGUAAUGUUUUUUAUUUUAUUUUGAAUGAUUCGGAGAAGUUGAAGUAGCUUCUCUUCUUUAAUAUGGGUGCGGAGUACGAGCGACUAAGAUCUCAAUUAAAUUCUUUGGGUUAUUAUCAGAUACUACAACCAGAAUGUAUCCCUUUAGUUGAAAAGUUGCUUCUUGAUUUAAAUGUAACUACUGCUAAUCUUCAAAAAUACAUAAAAAUAUCUCAGCAUGCUUUGGAAGAAAAGGAACAGUUGGCUUUAGGUGCUGAGCCUUAUAAAUGUGAUAAUGCAAAACUUAUAAAGGAGUGUAACGAAUUGCAUAUUGCUUUCAUACAUUUUAAAGAUCAACAUGAAAGACAUCAAAGAGAAUUACGGCACCAAAUAUCUUGUCUCAAAAGUCAAUUAGAAGAUUGUACAAUGGAAAAAAAUAAACUGGUGAAUCGGCUACAAAAGCUAGAAAAGGAAAAAUGUAAAAAAAAAUCUAAAUUUAAUAUCCCAGACCAUGAAGAUGAAACUCAACAGAAAGACUUUGCAAAGGUUGACUCAGGUAUGACAUUUACUGAAGAUAAUAUUGUUCUGCUUGAAGGAAGAUUAAAAGCAAUUGAAGAGGAACGGUUAAAAUUAAUUGAGGAUAAUUCUGCUUUAAAAAAUCAGUUACUAAGGCGGGAAGAGGAAAUCGAUAGGCUUCAUUCCUUAUUGGAAGGCGGAAGGAGUUACAGUAGCGCUAGUAAAGAUUGUUGUUACAAGAACAUUGAAGGACAUGUAACGGUAUUACAAGAUGAAAUUACUCGCCUUAGAAAAGAUAACAUUGAUUUAAAAAAUCAGUUGAAAGAUUCUGUAACAAAACAACAUGAGGCAAUGAAACGAGCGCUUCACUUAGCAGAAAGAAAUAGGCAGUUGGAGAAAGAGAUGGAGGAAGUUGACAAAAUUGCUCUUGCAGUUGAAACAGAAUGUAAUAAUACUGUGAAAGGCCAUAAUGAAAAGAUAACUAGAUUGCAGGACCGUAUAAAUGAAUCUUUGAAUUUAAUACAAAAUUUGGAACGUGAGAGUGCAAAAUUAAAGCACAUUAAGUUAGAGUUAACAGCAGAUUUAGAGGCUAUCAAACUGGAAAAAGUUCAUCUUCAAAAGCAACUUGAAAUAGAAAAAAAGGAUAAAAAGAUACUGACAGAUAAAAUUAAUAGCUUUACCAUUAUCGAAAAUAACCUUAACACCGAAAUUGAUCGUUUAGCAAAGUUAAAUGGAGAACAAAAACAAAAGAUUGUCGAACUGGAAUCUCUUGUUAUGUCGGAUAGCAUCAAGAAAUAUGAAGAGCAAAGUGAAGACGAUAUAAUGUCUAGCCAGAAACCGCCGCGUACUGACAAAGAAAAAGGCGAACCAAGACGGUUCUGUAAAAAAGGUGCUAAGGUUAAAUCUCCUACAAAAAGCCGUUCACCUUUAAAACUUGAUUCGAAUACUCUAAAGGGUAAUGGACGAAUAAUGAAGUGUUGCUGCGAAACUGGUAGUUGCGUUAAACACCUUAAGGAGCUAUUGGAUAAAGAAGUUGAAUACAGAGAAAUGCAUGCAAAGAAAUCUUUGGAAGAUUUAAGACAAGAAAAAGAUUACUACAUGAAAGAAUAUCAUAAGAUAUUAGAACAAGUUAAAAACGUAUCAAGAUGUGAAGUUUCUGAUAAUGGAAUUUUAGAAUUAAAGCAGCAGUUACAAACCAGAGAUGAUAAAAUCAAACAGUUAAAAAAUCAUAUUCAUUGUAUGAGCAAAGAGAAGCAAGCUAAUCCAGAUACUCCAAUUAAUGGAAAACAAUCUUGCAGUAAUGCUAGUUGUAUAUGCAGAAAUAGAGAACUUGAAUAUAAAACAAAAGAACUUGAGCGAUUCAAUGAGGAGAAUAAUAAACUUAAAUUAGAGCUACAGGCACUGAAUGAUAAUGUCAUAUAUCAGGAAGACAAGGCAAAAGAGGCAUUUAAGGAGCUGGAAGACCAUAUUCGAAAAUUGGAAGAUGAGAGAAGAGACUUAGUAAAAAUGGAACUUACCCAUCGAACCAAUAUUUCCCAUCUUGAAGAAGACUAUAAGAAUGCAAAAGAACAACUUAGACAAUCGCAAAAUGAGUUAAUGCUCUUAAAAACCAAUUAUAAUCAGCUAAAGCUAGUUCAAGAGCAAACCCAGCGAUCUUUAUCAGAGGUACAUGCUCAAGUAAUUCGAGCAGAAACGGAAUUAGCAACCUUUAAGUCAAAAAUGGUAGAUUCUGGACGAGACAGUGUUACUCAGGAUAGAGAGAUUACAAGAUUAAAUACGGAACUUCAAUUCCUAAAGUGUCAGCUAUCGAAAGGAGACAGGGAUAAAAAGGAACUAUUGAAUAAUUUGAGUGAAAAAACCAUGAAAAUUACCGCAAUGGAAGAUGAAUUAAGAGAGAAAAACAAGGUCAUUUCCAAGCUUGAAUCUGAAUUGGGAGAAUUGAAUAGAAAGCUAAGUAAAUUUUUAUCUGAAAAUGCGAGCCAGAAUCAGGAAGUCCGCAGUAAACAACAGGAACUGACCGAUUUAGAGAAGGAAUAUCAAAACGAAAAAAAACUGAAAGAAGUAGCAUUGUUAGAAAAUAGGCGUUUGCAAAAUGAGUUAGCUGAAAAAACCUGUGACUGCAAGGAUGCAAGGACCGAAUUGGAACUUGCCCAUAGGCAAGUCGAAGAUUUAAAAAGGCAACUUCAACAUUAUGUAGCCGAGGUUAAGCGAACAGAAGACAUAAUAUCUCAUAAGGAAUUGGAAAGAAAUGAAUUGUUAGAUCAGUUCAGAUGUCUUUCUCAAGAGGCAAACAUACUAGAGAGUAAUAAUCACACUUUAGAAACUGAAGCUACUCAGUCCAAAAUCCAAUUAUCAGUAGCUUUGGAUCAUUCUAGCGAGUUGGAACGGAAACUAGACCAUUAUGAAGUUAUUAUAAAAAGUUAUGAGAAACAGAUACAAGAUCUAACUGGGCAAGUGGCGCGCCUUGAGUUGCAGUUGAAGCAAAAGACAAUGGAACAAGAACAGUGUAAUGCUGACAUUAAGGAAAUGAGGGAACUUUGUGUUAAGCUUGAUGCCGAUAAGGCGAAUUUAAGAAGCGAGCUGUAUAGUAAGGAAGACUGCCAGUUCCAGGCUCAAAAAGUAAAUGAGAAGUUCGGUACAGAGAAGGAAGCAUUGCAAAGGGCUCUUAACCGAGAAAAAAAUAGUCUUGAAGGAGUCGAAAAACUUUUAAAUGAGACAAGGUAUCAAGUGACACAACAAAAGUUAUUAAAUCAGGAAUUAUUGGAAGAAGUGGGCGCAUUAAAGAAAAAAAUUGAGGAGCUUGAAGAUAGGCUAACUCUGCACGGGUUUAAGUCCAAUAGAUUGCGAAAUAUGUCAGAUAUCAAAAUGCCAUCCAAAGUUAAUUCAAUAUUGUCUACCAAAACAUUAAAACAAACAAACAUUUAUCACGGCUCCGACGGACUAUUACAGGGAGCACUUGAUCUACUAGAUAUUAAAGAAAAUGAAAUAAAAGGUAAUGAAACCGCUUUAAAAGAUAUUAAUCCAACAAAAGACCAAGCGAAACCAGCUAGAAAAACAUCAAUUCUUUCUACUAAAACUUUGGAAAAUAUCGAAAAAUACCAUGGUUCUGAUGGAAAAUUACAAGGAGUUAUGGAUCUUACAAAGUUGCAACAUCAAGUUAAAGAUGGCCCGCCUCAAAAUAUGAAAACAAUAGAAAAAUCACGUAGUAAUACUUAUUUAAUAAAUAAUAGUGACUUGCUUCAUUCUGAGGAAUCGUUGGUGCAAAGUAACAGCUCUGAUAAAAACUUGCUCCAGUCAGUUGACUUACUAACAACAAAAUAUACCACGGACGCAAAUGUAUUAGAACAGCGAAAAAAAAGUGAUAUUGACGCCACUCACAUCGAGCAUGGUUUCUCUAAAGAUAUCCUUCGGCUUGGAAGAGGAAAUGAACUUCGCCAAAAAGGUUCAAAACCAUUGCUACCUUUAAUUAAAUAUAAUGGCUUAGAUGCUAAAACUGAAAAAUCGAAAAAUAAAACGUGCUUGAAGGAUUGUAAAUUAGUCCAAGAGAAAGCAGUUUCAGAUCUGAUUGAAAAUUCAAAGGAAUUCUACGAAGAAUAUAGUAUACCAAAUAAUUUGCACACGCAACAGGACAACGAAGCAAAGUCCUAUAAAAGAGAAUCUACGUAUGAAAAUGGAAAUAAUAAGGCUAUAUACGAAUCUAUAAAAAGCAGUAAUAACGUUCAGGCAUUAACAGAUAACCACCUACAAAGAAGUAAAAUGACCGAGAGCGGAUCUAGAUUUUACAAAGACAAUAUAAAUUCGGUUCUUUCAGAACAUAAUAAAGGAGUAAUUGAUAAUUGCGGCUCUAGUGAAAUAACAAGCCUACAUGACAAUAUUCCAUCAUGCAGUGAAAAAAGUAAUGAGUGUAAUAUUGAUACCUCGAAAUUAAGAAGUGGCAACUUAGGAUCAAUACAUAAACGUAAUUAUAAUAGAGAAAAACCUUAUUCUGUUAGUGAGGCCGACUCUUCAUCAUUUCUUAAGGAUUUAAGAGAAUAUAAAUCCCAACAAUAUGGAGGAUGUACUCAUGAUGAUCCAAGGCAAAGUAUUCCAAUCGCCAAAAACUGCAGAUCUCGGAAAUGCUUUUCAUCUAUCUCUAUAUCAGAGCCAGAUAUACAGCGUCAAUAUGUAAAUAAAGAUAUUUUAGGGCCCGAGAAAUGUAUUAAGAAUAAAGGAUCUCGAGCAUCGAAAUCUAAUUUUUUGGAUGAUCAAUUGAGUGUUACAUCGACAAGAACAUUAAACUUGGAUAAUGUAGAUGAAAUACGAACUAUUUCUAAAGGAAAAACCAACAUUUCUGAUUUUAGCAAAAAUAUUGAAACGCAGAAAACAAAUAAACCCAAUAUAAGCAAUGAUCAAAAAUCACAAGACAAAAUGAGCAGAAUCUCAGCCAGAACUUUGCAAGUGAGUAGUAUUGAAAAAUUACAUGAAAUUUCUAGGCUUAUGGACGUACAUGAUAAACCAUUAGAUGAGAAAAAAGAUAAUUUAAGCCUGAAUGCGGAUCAACAGCAAAAAUUUAACGACGAUGUUAUCUCUACAAAAACAUUAAAUUUGGAUAACGCGGAGCAAAUCCGCGGGCGCUCUAGAGGAUUAAUGAACAUUUUUGAAUUACCUAAAAAUACUGUUUUGAAAGGUGAUUGCUCCUGCAGGAAUUUACUGAAGCAAAACGAUAGUCUUGAUAAAAGAGUUAAUAAGGAAAAAGACGAAAUAUCAGGAAAAAAGGGGAAAGUUUCUGGAGACACACAAGUUUAUACAAAGUUUGAGAAGACUACUGAAAAUUCAGCUAUAUUUCAUAAAGUUUUUGCCAUAGACGGAAUUGGUUUAGAGUGCCAUUGCUCCAUUUCAAGCUUUAAUUUAAAUAAAGAAAAAAAAGGGUUCUGAAUUACAUAAUAUGUUUUAUAAUAAAGAAAGUUAAAUUA